AUAUAUUUAUAUAAUUAUACAAUAAAUAGUCUAACAUUGUUUCUCUUCUAGCUGGCCUUCUUGGUUUUCUUUCCUUCAUGCUUUCAAACUUGUUCGAUUCUCAAGUUUUGGCUUUUCCUGCAACUUUUUUGACUGAAUUCAGAUUUCUUUUAUUAGGUCAAGUUUUGUUCUUUGUGUAAUCAGUUGUUUUUACUGAUAUACAAAGGAUGGCUAUUAAGAGUAAUGAAUUGAUACCGAGUUCUUCUCCUGAAGAAUUGAAGAAAGUUCUUCAAGCUGUGGCUUCUGAGUGGGGAGAUGUUAUUGAAGAUAUGGAUGCGCUGGAGGUCACCCCUUUAAAAGGUGCUCUGACUAAUGAGGUUUAUCAGAUUAACUGGCCUGCAAAGAAUGGUAGUCUUGUUAGAAAAGUUCUGGUUAGGAUUUAUGGAGAAGGGGUUGAGAUCUUUUUUAAUAGGGAUGAUGAAAUUAAGACUUUUGAGUGCAUGUCUAGGCAUGGACAAGGGCCACAGCUUCUUGGGCGGUUCAGUGAUGGAAGAAUUGAGCAGUUCAUUCACGCCAGGACACUAUCAGCUGCUGACCUUCGUGAUCCUGAAAUAUCUGCUCUGAUAGCAGCUAAGAUGAGAGAGUUCCACAAUCUUGAUAUGCCUGGUCCAAUAUAUGUACUUCUCUGGGACAGAUUGAGAAACUGGCUGAAUAAGGCCAAAAGUUUGUGCUCCACUAAAGAUGCAAAGGAAUUCCGUUUGGAUACUCUGGAGGAGGAAAUUUGUAUGUUAGAGCAAGAGUUGCCACAGCCCCAUCAACAGAUUAGAUUUUGUCAUAAUGAUCUUCAAUAUGGAAACAUAAUGAUAGAUGAAGAGACGAGGGCAAUCACCAUAAUUGAUUAUGAGUAUGCAAGUUUCAAUACUGUUGCUUAUGACCUUGCAAACCACUUCUGUGAAAUGGCAGCAAAUUAUCAUACUGAUACGCCUCAUAUAUUGGACUACAGUAUAUACCCAGGACUGGUGGAGCGCCGACGAUUUGUCCGUGUAUAUCUGAGUUAUGCAGGCAACCAACCCAGUGAAAGUGAAGUAGAUCAACUAGUGCAUGAUGCAGAGAAGUAUACUCUUGCUAACCAUCUCUUUUGGGGCUUAUGGGGAAUCAUUUCGGCUUAUGUAAACAAGAUCGACUUCAACUACACGGAAUAUGCAAGGCAAAGAUUUCAGCAGUACUGGUCGAGAAUGCCAAGCCUCUUGAACUCCUCAACCAUUCCAAAUGGGAACAAUGUAAAUGGUCAUGUAGUAUAAGCGAAAAGCAGUGUGCCUUAUUCAUACUGGAAUCCUUGUAUAUCAAUAUGAGAUGAUUGUAUUUUAUUAAACUUUAGUAUGGAAACUUCACAAAGUAUUUGCAAGUAUAAACAUAAGUGAUGAGAAUUUUUUAAUAUAGAA